AUGGGGUCACCUGGGGUCAUGAAGCUGCAGGUCGUCACUCACCUGGACAGGAAGGUGAACCGUCUGUUCCAGCGUCUUUUCCUGGACCGGAACCGGGUCUCUGAGGUUCUACCAGCUGAUCAGCUGAUCUUCUCGGAGCUGCAGCAGCAAAAGUUCACCAAACUUUCAUCAUGGGUCAGUGAGGAGGAAGGAGCGGUGGAGGAGGCUGACAGCAGCCCGAGGACAGGCGGCACCGGGCCAGGCGCUGCAGUCACCAUCAGAACAGAUCAGCCGGACGGUCGCCACGACGACGCUCAUCACCGGCAGCAACGCCACAAACAGGAAGCUGCUGACAGACGCAAGAUGCUUUCCGUGGUGUCGCUGCUGCUGCUGCUGCUCUCGGCAUCCUGCAGCUCCACUCUGGUCGUCGUGAACUCAGGUGUGGAGGUCACCAGAGGACGUUGGGUCUUCGUCAGGCAGACAGAGCUGCAGAUCAGCGUGGACCCGACCUCCGACUGUAAGGUGGAGGUGGUGAUGAACGAGCCGGUGACCCAGCGGGUGGGCAGGUUGACUCCACAGGUGUUUGACUGCAGCUUCCUGGAAGACGAAGUGAAAUACGUCCAUAAUGGAAGUCCUCUGCUGGACGAGGACACGGUGAAGCUCCGGGUCUACAGGUUCACGUCUUCGGACACGUUGGUUCAGACGGUGGUUCUGAAGGUCCAGGUUCUGGACUCUGAUUCUGGACUGGUGGAGCUGGGCAGCGUUCCACUGGUGGUUCCUCAGUUUUACGGUUUGUCCAACGCCAUCAACGGCUCAGUUCUGAACAUCAGAACGUCUGGUCUGAUCUGCAGCGUCCGACUGAUGAACACCGACGUCAGCGUCCCUGCUGUGGGUCAGCUGGUCCGGGAGGAGGAGUCCAGCCAGAGGACAGGCCGACAGACGGCGGCUCUCUGUCCUGGAAACAAACCUUGCCUCCAUCACACCAAGCAGCUCGACUUCCUGAAGACCAGCUGCACAGACUUCCUGAGCUCCGGCCUGAAAGUACCAGCACCUCAGUCCUCCAUCUCCAGAGAUCGACUUCAUCCCCAUCAGGGUGGAGCUGAGGCAGCCGGCUACCAGGGCCCUGCUGGAGCUCGUUCUGAGGCUGUUUGGCUGCCGGUUCUGAUCCACGGCGCCAUGCAGAACCAGCCACCCCACGCAGCCUUCAUGGCCUCCUUCAUCCUAGAGGUGGACCAGUUCAUCCUCACGCCGCUGACCACCGCCGCCCUGGACGCCGACGACCACGAGACGCCGCGGGAGAAGCUGGUCUUCAACGUGACCGAACCGCCUGCCGACAGGCUACAAUCACUCACCUGGACGACCACACCAGGCCGGUCCAGUCCUUCACCUGGACAGACCUCAACGACAUGA